ACUAAUUAAUUGUGCUGUAGCACUUGAUUUCUGACAGGGAUAAGUUAGCUGUUUGUAACGUUACAUCGGAUGGUUGCAAAGAUCAUCAAAAAUGUUCCGUUAGCGCUUUAAACUUGAAACGCAAAAUGCGAUGCUAUCUUAACGCAUUUAUCCUCUGCAUUGUUUUCACCUUCUUUUCAGUUUUAUAUGUGUUCAAUCAACUAGCCUCCACUUUGGAGGACAGAGACGCAUGGGACCUGAAGGAACAAGGGACACCCGACAGGAGCAGUCAUGACACCGGUCACCGUCUCAGGAAAAGGCCAGGACUGGCAGGCCUUCGAGACCGUGAACGAGGGUUUGACAGGUGUAAAUCACUGUCAGUUUCUUACUGGAAUCCAUAUUGGAGACUGCCUGCUGAUGUUUGUGGAGUGAACUGCAUUUUGGAAUCAUCUCUUAGAGGGAGGUCAGGCUCUGAAGUCAAGGAACGUAGUGAUGAGAGAAGUCACUUGGCUGUGGUGGCCUGUGGCCCCAGAUUAGAGGAGACUCUCACCAUGUUGAAGUCUGCUGUUCUCCUCAGCAAAAAGCCUCUGCACUUCUACAUCUUUGCUGAGGAUGAUCUACAUGACAGCUUCAGAAAUGCUCUGGACUCCUGGCCCAGGAUAGUUCAGACUAAGUUUAACUUCACUAUCUACCCCAUCACUUUUCCUAAGGAGAAUGCGAAGGAGUGGAAGAAGCUCUUCAAACCAUGUGCCUCUCAGAGGCUCUUCCUGCCACUGAUCCUAAAGGAGGUGGAUUCAUUGCUCUAUGUGGAUACAGAUAUCCUUUUUCUGCAGCCGGUAGAGGACAUCUGGGCCCUCCUUUCUCAGUUCAAUUCGAGCCACUUAGCUGCCAUGGCUCCAGAGCACGAGGAGCCACGCAUCGGCUGGUACAACCGCUUUGCUCGCCACCCUUACUAUGGCAAAACAGGCAUCAACUCAGGAGUCAUGCUCAUGAACAUGACGCGCCUCAGGGAUAAAUAUUUUAAGAAUGACUUGACAACAGUUGCACUUAAGUGGGAGGAAAUUCUGAUGCCCCUUCUCCAGAAGUAUAAACUCAAUAUCACCUGGGGUGACCAGGACCUUCUUAAUAUCAUAUUUCACCAUAACCCAGAAAGCAUGUAUGUGUUCCCCUGCCAGUGGAACUACCGUCCAGACCACUGUAUCUAUGGCAGCAACUGUCAACAGGCUGAACAAGAAGGCGUCUUCAUUCUCCAUGGCAACAGGGGAGUUUACCAUGAUGACAAGCAGCCAGCGUUUCGAGCUGUCUACGAAGCCAUCCAAAAGUACAAGUUUGGUGAUAACAUGGAGACCUCACUGCUUCGCCCGCUAGAAGAGUCGCUACAGAUUACCACGAACACCUACUGUGGAAGAGCCAGUCACCUGUUUACAAAGAAGUUAAAACAGAGCAUCAUUUCUCUACAAUGAGAUGUCACACAGAGAAGAUGAUCAGAACUGUAUUUAUUAUAUCAUUCCAUGGUUAGUGUCUUAAUUUCUCUCUAGAUGUAGAGACUUGGAUUAAGGCACUCCUGUGGAGACAAUGAGCUGGAUAACACACUGAACCCUCAUCUGUUUACAAACUGCAUAUCAAGACUGUAGAAAUGGAGAAGGAUAAUCUGGGCAACAGGUUGUAUCUUUAUUUUUAAGUAAAGGCAAUGCUUGUACACACAACUGGGUCACAAAUGCUUUCUCACCAUGGUGGGAAAUGCACUGAAUCCACUUUGGCCUGCAUAGAUUUUGGACUUUAUAAAUGACAAGAAGGACACUCUUUUAUUUUAUUUUAUUUUAUUUUUUGGGGGGGGGGAGAAUCUGCAAUUACUUUAUACGAUUGUCUAAGGCCUUUGGGGGGGAAACACACCAGGGUACUUAAAAACGCUGUUCUUAUUGAAAUUAUUUUUAGAGUUUGAUAUUGAGAGUUGUUUUAAUAUAUUUUGCAUACAUGUUUUUGUCACAGUAUAUAAUGGAAAAUGGUAGUUAUUUUCAGGUACUUAAUAGUUACACAUGACGUCUUUAUCGUGUUUUUAUUGAUCAAAAAUGCUCAUUAAUAAUUUGUAAUACUUAUAAAAGUAUCAGUAUUUAUUAUUGUUCAACAUCUAUGACAGGAAGAAUAUAAGGUGUCUUUUUGGUGUACCUUUUUUAAAAAUGUAACAUGAGGGUGUCAUUUCAUAUACUCUGGUAUGGGAAUAUUCAAAGCAGUGUUUAUUGUACAUUGUAUUAGUGGUUAAGUCAUUUCAGUAAUAUUUUUUCCUAUAACUGGAACAAUGUCAUAAAGAGUAUUUGGUAUUCAGUAAAGUCAGCUAGCGUCAUGAAAUCUGCUCCCAGACUGGUUUAACAGCAAUUUGCACUAUUGAUUUGAGAAACUGAGGAUUGUAAUAACAACAAUCAUACAUGUGAUUUUAAUGUUUUAAAAGCCAGCAUAGACAUUUAAAUGUAUAUGAAAUAAAUGGGAAAUAAAUAUUUGCAUUCUGUAGUAUCUCUAAAAUACUUGCAAUAAGGUUGAGUUGAAAAAGUCAUAGCAUUUUAAAUGUGACACAACACUAAAAGUACUUGAUGGUUUGGAAUUUCUUUUUGUUACUUCAAAAGUAAAUACACCAGUAUUUUGAGCUGCAAAUACACUUAACCCCUGAAUGUAUUGCCAAAAAUAAAGGAAUUAAGGCAGAUGAAUUCUGCUGUAAUGAAA